AUGCACGCUCUGGUGAACGCCUUCAUGCGCUGCCUCUCCUUUCUCCUGCCUCCGUCUUGGCUUUGUGUCAGCUUCUGCUUGUGGGUUGGGAAUGACUGCGAAGAGACACUGCCGCGGCCCAAUCCCAGAGCUCGUUUCAAAAGCAGAAAGCCUCUUACAUAUGAGGAAGUAACAGCAGUAGCAGCAGCAGCAGCAGUAGAGGCACACGGAGGCUCCAGCCCGUCCGUCUCACCACGUCCAGGCUGCGUCUCCCUGGCUGCUACAAGCCCCGCUGCUCCUCAGGGCCCUCCACAGGGUCGGAUCUGGAUCGGGGGUCUCUGGCGAGCCGUGGAGCGCGUCUUCGGAGCCCCCUGGGUCCUUCUCCGCCAUCACUGGUGCCCGAAGAAGCGUCGAGCAGCUUUGCGCACCCCGUAUCCUGUCUGUGCCUUCGAGUCUAGCACGAUUAGAAGCUUUCAGGGAGGCGCUGCUGCUGCUGCUAUAACCGAGGACGGCAAAGGACCGGGCGGAACCACCUUGUCUAAUUCGAGGAACAUGAGCGGGUCCGUGGGGAUCCCCGAUGUGAACCCGGCGAAGUGCGCCUCGGAUGCGUCAGCGGAGCACGGCAUCGAUGAGGUAAUUACCGUGGAUCAGCACUCCCAGGAGAUGGGGACGGUGACGAUCACGGUGGCCAUUCAGGCGGCCGAGGACGAGGAACCCGAGGAGGUGUCAUCUAAUAAUAUUGACUUCCUCGGAGGCAGCUGUAGUGAGGACGAAAUCGGAAGACACGACAAGUCAAGUGGAGCCGGCACCAGUGGAGGGGAGCUGGAGGAGGAGAGCUGGCAGCCCCCAGAUCCAGAGCUCAUCCAGAAGUUGGUCGUUCAGAUUGAGUACUACCUGUCUGAUGAGAACCUGGAACACGAUGCAUUCCUGCUUAAACAUGUCAGACGCAAUAAACUUGGGUUUGUCAGCGUCAAGCUGCUCACCUCAUUCAAAAAGGUGAAACACUUGACUCGUGACUGGAGAACAACAGCUUAUGCUCUGAGACACUCAAAGAUCCUUGAGCUGAAUGAUGAGGGCCGUAAGGUGCGGCGUAAAUCCGCAGUGCCAGUCUUUGCCAGCGAGUCUUUGCCUAGCCGCAUGCUGCUGUUAAGCGAUCUGCAGAGGUGGCCAGAGCUGGCUGCUCUCACCAAGGAGAAUGGAAGUGGUGAGGGAGGAGCCACUCAGCAGGAGCAGCUGAUGAAGCUGUUGCUGAAAGCGUUUGGAACAUAUGGCGCUAUUGCCUCUGUCAGAGUCCUGAAGAUGGGGAAGGACCUGCCGGCAGACCUGAAGAGGCUGAGUGGUCGCUACUCACAGCUCGGCAAUGAGGAGUGUGCCAUUGUGGAGUUCGAGGAGGUGGAGGCUGCUGUUAAAGCCAACGAAGCUGUGGGGGGCGAGGAUGGAGGGGCCAGUUCACUGGGGCUGAGAGUGGUCCUCAUUGGCACCAAGCCGCCUAAAAAGAAGGUCCCAAAAGAACGACCCCGCGAAGAGGGAGGGAUGCGCAAAAGCCGCUCCCUCAACAGCAGAGUACGAGAGCUUCAAUACCACGGGGACGACUCGGCCUGCAGCUCCUCAGAGACUGAAAGCACCCCCACGUCACCCCGGCUGGCCAGGAAGUCCCAAUCAUGCAACAAGCUCAGCCCCACCACUGCAGGCAUCGCCUUCCAGAACAAUCACCUGAGUCCUGGUAUGUCCCCACGUAACAGCCCCUGGUCGAGCCCCCGCGCCAGCCCCUGUCCUCAGCGCAAAUCCCCCCAUUCCCACAAGUCUCCUUUAGCCAGCGAGGGCAGACUGAGCCCUGAGCCUGGGCGCCGGUGGGCAGACUACUCCUCAGACAGCAGCCUCACCCCCUCAGGGAGCCCGUGGGUUCAGCGGCGGAAGCAGGUGGCGUCUCAGGAGAGCAGUCCAGUCGGCAGCCCGAUGCUGGGUAGAAAGAUCCAGAAUGCAGACGGCCUGCCACCAGGAGUAAUGAGGCUGCCAAGGGGUCCUGAUGGAACUCGGGGCUUUCACUGUGUCGUUGGUGAGAGGGGAAAGACUGCAGCCACUCAGACUUGAUAUGUGGAGCAUCCUUAUGCAUCCCCUGUCCCGCAGAAAUAAAGUGAUAUAUUGGAAAUUUGAGCUGUUGUUGGCCGUGUUGCUCAGCCCCUGCCCCACGUUUGAGACUGUGUAGAUCUAUUUUUGUUGAGUGCAUCAGUUUUCAGUCUGUUAUAUUUUUAUACGGCAUUUUGAGUUACCAUGGUAACAUUAGUGAUUUACUAAUGGAAAUUUGAGUGAAUGUAAAUUGAUAUUGCUUUGAGAGGGAACUUUACACCUGCCACUGACAUGGACCAUGUCACCUCCAUUGCAUUUAAACUUGUAUUUGGAGCGAGCAGGAAAAGGUAAUUCCACUCCCCCCCCCCCCCCCCUUUUUUUUAAACAAAAAAAAUCAGUGUCCUCCGUCUUGUGUGUAAAAGCUCGCAACAUUAUCUGUGGAUGGUGUGUAAGUGGCAUAGGCACAUGGACUUGAUAGAGAUAUCACCAUAUGCCUUUUAUGUAUUUGUCUACCGUGAGUUCCAUUUUUACAUACGAUUUAAACUGAGGCCAUAUUCGCUCCACUGCCAUAAGGGUUGGACAGUUCAUCUUGGACAUUAUAUUUUUGUUUUAGUUUUUAUUUUGCCUUUUUUAAUUUCAGCAUUUUCAGUGCGCUGUGGCAUUUAGUUGUAACGGGUCUCCUGUAGCCCUGUAAAUGUUCAGCAGGUAGCUGCUUUAUUUAUUUUUUAGCUAUUUUUUUGUUCUUGGUUUCCAUCAGUCUAAGCUCACAAUGAGGUUUGAGGGAUGUUCAGGUCGGGCAGAACAGAUGCUCUUAUGUUCUUGCCUUUACAUCUGAGCUGGGGUAUUUGUACACUGCAAUUCCUAUUGUACAAAUAAAUCACUAAAAUUGCAA